UGUACGGACGAUUAUUACAGGAACACACACUUGAGGGAUUCCUGAGAGGAGUAGCGGUUUGGUGUCUAUUGUUACGGGAAAAAUCGAAAACCUGUUCUGUAUAACUGGAUAAAAUUAGGCUGAAUUUAUGCGCUGAGCUGGUUAGCUUUGUCGAGAAAAAAAAAAAACCAGAGAAAAUUUCACGGUGCGAGUUCAUGAAUAUGACUUCUACAGUGGACUUCAGGACUCAUGUGGAUCAGUCAUGCAGAUACUCCGAGGAGUUUGUUAACAUUUACUAUGACUGCAUGGACAAAAAAAGAAGAAACCUGACAAGACUGUACCUGGAUAAAGCCACGCUGGUGUGGAACGGGAAUAACGUUUCAGGACAGGAUGCUCUUGGAGAAUUUUUUGAGUCUCUUCCCUCAAGUGAAUUUCAGGUGCACACACUGGACUGCCAGCCUGUCCAUGAACAAGCCACCCAGGGCCAGACAACACUGCUGGUGGUCACUGCAGGCACGGUUAAGUUCGACGGGAGCAAACAGAGAUAUUUCAACCAGAAUUUCCUGUUAACGGCUCAGGCGUCCCCGAACAGCGACCAGCCAGUGUGGAAAAUCGCAAGCGACUGUUUUCGCUUUCAAGAUUGGGCGAGCUAAAUGAGCACUGUCAUGUCAGUUAUUGUGAAAAUCCUUUUUUUACAAAAUGGUUGUUCUGAUGGAGGAUCUGAGUGACUGGUGUUUUUAUGGCUGGUGUAAAAAAAAAAAAAGAUUUGUUACCAAAUCACAUGGACACGAUGUGCUCUGUAGAAAACAAUUUAUUUAUCACAACGUAGUACAACGUAUUACAUACAGACUGUGGUUCACAAAGUUGAAUAAAUAAGAGUCAUGAAACAUUCAAGCCAAUGCACGGGAUCCUCCAACGUUCACAUUUUAAAUUGUACAUUAGGUUGGAAUCCUGCGGCUUGAUGGAAAAAAUAAAAUGUUUUAAAAUCUU